CUCAUACAAACCCUUACAGUACAAAUCCAACGACUCUCAAAACUCAAAACCUUAAUUCAUCGAUCCAAAAAUCAUCAAAAUGCAAUCCAUUUCCUUAAAUUCUCCCUCAUUCCUCUCAGUUCCUGAUUCGAAUUCGAGGCCGAGCCUGUAUCGGAGGAAAACCAGCGUCCUGGCGUGGAGGAGAGAGGCGGCGGAUCAGAAUUUUGGCGGGAGAAUGGUGGACGAGAGCAUGAUCAUUCUGAGGAAGAGAAUCCAUGAGAUGAAGAUGAUUGAGAAGAACUACGAGCCGCCGGAAGAUUGGAUGGACUGGGAGAAGCGUUACUACACGAGCUAUGACUCCAUGAUUUGCGAGGCACUGGGAGUGCUGCAGACGCAGUUGAUGAACACGAGGCCGAGCUUGGCCCUGGGGAUGAUUGCCUUGCUUGCCAUGAGUGUGCCUACUUCGUCGGCUUUUCUUUUGUACCAUCUGGUGGAGCUGUGUAAGCAGAUUUUGGGAGGGAUUCAUCUUUCUUAAUUUCUAUUAAUUCAUUGGACUUGAGGAAACCAUCUAUGUGUAUAUAGUGAAAGCAAGAAUUCCGAUUUGUUGCUUUAUGUUAGGGCUAGGGUGAUCUGGGGGAAAUUUUUUGGUACCCAGAAUCUAUACAUGUUUGUGAUAUAUACAGCAUACAGAGCAUUCGUUGUUGUGAUUGAUCAGGUAAUGCUCAGUUUCAUUAAGUUGA